CCUCCUUACAGUACUGAGGCUGCUGAGCACCGCUCUCAAGACGGCUUUCGUGAGGGUCCUCCGACCUCGGUCGCAGCUGAGAACCCGGGAGCCCAAGAGUUCCUGCCCGCCCAGGCCCAGGCCCAGCUGCCUGAAAAACCAAAACAGCCUCUCAAGCGAGUGGACAGCAUGGUCCUCCAGGCUGUCACUCGCGACAGCCGUCGGGGCAAGCAGACCCCCGACCUCCGUGUCAUCAGCAACAGCAAGGGAGGCGGCACCCAGUGCAAUGUCUACAGCAAAGUGCAUUCCGUUGCCAAGACGAUCUCCUUCAACGUCGACGAUGAGGAAGCGCUCCUCAAGGCCUAUCGCCACGUCAAGGCGAUGAACCCUUCUGCUCCUGUCGGAGGCAUCAUGUUCAGCAUUGGCACCAAGGGUGAUCCUAGCCAGGUUGACAAUAUCAGCUGGAACUCUUUCGCUGGUCGCUCUGGUCUUGGUAAGAGCUUCUCCAUGAACCUUAAUGGUCAAAGUUUUCAGAUCUUUCACCAUGAGUUUGCAUUGUGCCAUUGAGUCGAUC